AUCGUCAUUUAUCAUCAUCAACCAUCAUCAUCUCACUCACUAGCAAUGGCUCAUAUUUCACAAAUCUCUUCUUUUCUCUCAAGAGUUUUAAUCUUCCUUGCAUUAUGCAUCACUCUCUUCACGAACCCUACUCUCGCACUCCCAGCCCUAAAACUUAACCCUUUACAAGAAUUUUGUGUAGCUGAUCUCCAAGCUACACCAACCAACAGUGGCUUCCCCUGCAAGUCACAAGUCACCUCUGAAGACUUUUUUUAUUCCGGCUUGAACACUCCUUUAAACACGUCGAACCCAAAAGGUAUUGCCGCUAAUCCAGCCAAUCUCUUGACCUUCCCGGGCCUAAACACUUUGGGAAUAUCCAUGUACAACGUUGCAAUUGCACCUGGAGGAUACAACCAACCUCACUCUCACCCCGGUGCGACCGAGGCAGGGGUCGUGAUCGAAGGUUGGGUCUUGGUUGGGUUCUUGACGACUAACAACACGUUGUACUCGAAGGUUAUUGGACCUGGUGAUAUGUUUGUGAUUCCUCCGGGACUCAUUCAUUACGAGGGGAACGUUGGGAAAACGCAAUGCCGUCUUUUGACGGUUGUUGCUGACGACUUGCCUAGCGAGGUUGGUGUGCCUCACACUCUGUUUGCUACGAAACCCGCGAUUCCAGAAGCAGUAUUGAUGGCGGCGUUCAAGGCGGAUAGUAAAACAAUCGACAUGCUCAGGUCAAAGUUUACUACUUAACAAAUGUUCUAUAGUUCCUCUAAAAAUGUAACUUUUUAAUGAGUUUACUAAAAUGAAUAACAGACAUCAGGGUUUUUUUUAUGGAAGCAUCUAGUAUACAUACAAAUAAAAAUUCUAUUUUUGUCAUAAUAAUUCGUUUUAGGGGGUGUAUUGAAAUUAGGAUUUUAGAAAUUUUUGGGAUUUUCUUUAAAUGACCUGUUAUUCAACUUGUGAUUUUUAAAUCACUUCCCAAAUCCAAUGUUAUUGAAAUUGAAAUUUCUAUAAAAUCACUUGUAAUCUCUUGUUAUUCAAUCAACAAUUUGUAAAACUUAUAUCAAAUCAACUGUUAUUGAAAACAUAAUUUUUUUUUGAAAGAAAUCCACAACACUGAUUUUGGGAGACUUUGUAUACAUUUUUACAUGUUAAACCCAAUAGAAAAAAUCACACCUUCAGAGGUGGUAUUUGGAACAAUUUGUUAUAAAAAAAAAAAAAUCACAGAAAAAAAUCCUCUCUUUCACUUUUCUCGUGUUCAUCACUAAACAGGGGUUUUCAAACAUGAGAGAUCGUCUCACUACCGACCAUCAGAUCUGUACCGCCGCUAAUCUCAUAUACAUCAAGAAUCACUCCGACUCCACCACCUUUAAGCCCGCAGGUAGCAUCGCCAACGCCAUCGUCUUCGUCGUCCUUGUUGUCGUCGCCAACGCCAUCAUCUUCGUCGUCCUUGGUGUCUUCGUCGUCCAAGUUUUCAAUAUUGAAGUUGUAACACAAAGGCGUAAACUAUCUCAGAAUCACAACCACAACAUGUUUUCUCCAAAGCAAGCCUUCCCAUCUUUUAUCAAUUCCAUCACGUCAUAGCGUUUUUAAUGGAACGACAUGUUUCAAAAGCACAAACGACAUUGCAAAGAGAAUUCUUAUUGUUAUAGUUUGGCUCUUUGCACUUGGUACUUGUUGAUGGUGAUUUCAGUGACUUGAGCUUUGGAAUGGUACAUCAAUGGAAUUUGUUUUUGCUACGAUCGAGUUACGUCACUUCCGUUUUAAUUGAAAUCCAAUUUUUCCU